AGCUCUGGAUCAAACCGAACCGAGAACAAGUGAGCAGCGUUCAUGGCUGUUCUUCGGCUCCUGGCCUCUGGCCUUCUGGCAGUUCUGCCUCUCUGGGCGUGCGACACUGGCGACGCAAGUGAACCUGGUCUGGAGCAUUUGGAGCUGCUCCAGCAGCAGCUGAGACUUCGCUCUGGCACCCAUCCGGAGGUUUUGCCCUUGACAUGGGUCCACUUCCCCAAGGCCGGGAGUGGCUUCCUCAACGUCUUGGUCCACACACAAGGUUUUUGCCCAGGAGUUCCGCAAGAUUUAUCCGUUGAGACGGAGAGGUUUUCUUGCCGUGUCGCCAGCAAUCUCUUCAAAGCCUGCCCGCAGGUCUGUGACCCUGCACGCGUGCGCUGCCACGCCAGUCCAUAUGAGUGCGUCGGCAGCAGGUACUCAGAGCUCGAAGGCCGCAUGGUGGGCGUCUUUCGCCAGCCCGAGCAGCGGGCCCUCGCCGCGUAUCACGACGAGCUGAGGACGUGGAUGGCUCCGCAGGCGGAUUGCGCGCACCGGAACGGCACGAGGCCGCCCGCGCCGGUCUUUGCUCGCUUCUUUGCGGGGACCGUGGCCUACCAGCUGGUGGGAGAGGGGCUCCUGAACUACGGGGGUGGCCAUCACUGGCUGCCCGGCUUAGUGGACAUACCGGAGCGAACGACGGAGAUGGCUGGGGAGGCUGUGCGGAGGCUUCAAGGCUUCGCCUUCGUGGGGAUCACGGAGGAGUGGGAUCUGUCCAUCUGCCUCUUCCGCAAGAUCUUUGGCGGCCCCUGCCGCGCACUGGAUUUCAGCAAGACCCAGAGCUCCAAGAACUAUGACACAGCUCCCUUGGAGGGCUUCCAGGAUGAGAUCGACGGCAUCGUCUACCAGGAAGCAAUGCGGAUCUUCAGACACAGCUUGCUCCAACACAAUGUCUCCGUGGACUCCUGUCGCGACUGCUUCGCGCAAGCUGGGCGCCAUGGAGCGCCGAAUGAAUGAUUUGCCGGCCGGGCGGCUUGCCCUCCCUCAUUCCGGAGAUCCGCUUGAAAUCUUUAGAGAUUUGUAGAGACUUGAGCAAAGCAUACGCAAUUGAGUU